GUCGCCCCGCGCCAGGCCCAAAUCUCCAGCCCCGCCGGGCUAUUGUCGAACCUCUCUGGUCAUCCAGCAACCAUCCCCGCCCGAUCUCAUCCAGCCCUCCCUCUCAGAGCCCUUGCAUAGACAGCACCUGGAGAGCCAGCUCGCCAAGCCGUUGGUUCGUCUCCAGCUCACAAUUCCUCUCUUGGUUCCUGCACUCUUCCACUCUUCUGCUGCCACCAGCAACCCCUCUUCCUGUCUGGCGAAACGACACUCACUCGUCUGAGCCAUGUUUGACGGAGGCGACCUUUUCUCGUCCGAUGAGACGCCCUCCCGUCUUGUCUCGGACUUUGAGCCGAUGGGCGAUCCGAGCCACACCUCCAUCGAUAACAGUCUGAUGAUGGAGGCCUCCUCCGGAAACCUGUUGUCUCUCGAGAUCAAAGACACAGAGAUGGGCGAAUACAGCUUUGACGACGACAAGCUCCUGCACCUGCAGCCCAGCGACAAAGCCGCCGAGGAAAUGGCUGCGACCAUUUCGGUCAACAUAAAUCAUAUACCGGACGAGGGCGACGACAAUGAAGACGAGGAUUAUGUCGAUGCAGAGGACGAUGACGACGAGUAUGAUGAAGACGAAGACGAUGAUGAGGAACAGGACGACGACGACGACGAUGACGAAGCCGAGGCCGAGGCCGAGCCCGACGGCGGCGAUGUUGACGGCGAAGGCGAGCCUGACGGGGAAACAGAAGGCGAGAUCGAGCUUGAAGCCAGCCACAGGGCUGAGCAUGAGGAAGAUCUCAACGACGAGUCCGAGCAGGCAACGGGCGGCGACGAUGGCGACGAAGAUGCUUCGGCAAUGGAACUUGACUCCGCAUCGCUCAUGGAGGUUGACCACAUUCUGCCCGAGCCCGCAAAAGUACCGCUGAAACCCAAGUCGCAGGAAGAUGAAGAUGUCGACGAGAAAGCCCAUGAGGAAACAGACGGAGCGGAAGCGCAUGCGCAAGUUCCCCAAGCCGCCGAAGGAGCCGAUGCCGAUGCCGAGUCGGAGGCGUCGAAGAAGACUAAGCCGGCCUUCAUCGAGGAGCAAGACGGUCAAGUCGAGUUUCGGAUCGUCGGCAACGACGGCUCGGACGAGUCGAUGAUCCUCCUGACAGGACUGAAAAACAUUUUCCAGAAGCAGCUCCCCAAGAUGCCCAAGGAGUACAUCGCGCGGCUCGUUUACGAUCGGCACCAUUCGAGCAUGGCUGUCGUCCGAAAGCCGAUGAAGGUACUCGGAGGAAUCACUUUCCGACCGUUCAACUCGCGCCGAUUUGCUGAAAUUGUGUUUUGUGCCAUUUCUUCGACUGAGCAAGUCAAGGGAUACGGGUCUCGUCUCAUGAGCCACGUCAAGGAUGCUGUGCGCAAAUCAUACGACAUUGAGCACUUCCUGACAUAUGCUGACAACUAUGCCAUAGGCUACUUCAAGAAGCAGGGCUUUACUACCGAUAUUACACUGGACAAACAUCAAUGGGUCGGCUACAUCAAAGAUUACGAAGGAGGAACCAUCAUGCAGUGCACCAUGCUGCCAAAAGUGGUAUAUUUGGAAGCAUCUUCAAUAAUCCGGCAGCAACGAAGUGAUGUGAUGAAAAAGAUCAAAGAAGCUUCCUCGUCACAUAUCGUGCAUCCGGGCCUGGAUGUUUUCAAGAACGACGCAGCGGCAAUCGACAUUGCCUCUAUUCCUGGAAUAAAGGAGGCAGGCUGGACACCGGAUAUCGGGACUCGCGUUCAAAAGCAAGCACCGCCUCGGUCGCCGCUGUACACGGUUCUCAAGAAGUUGGUGAUGGAGCUGGAGGGACACGCGCAAGCCUGGCCAUUUCUCGAGCCCGUCCAAGGCGUUCCGGACUACUACGAGGUCAUCAAGGAGCCCAUGGACUUGCGCACACUCAGCGAACAAGUUGAAGGCGAUCACUAUUCAUCCCUUGAGGUUUUUAUCAACGACGUGAACAAAAUAUUCGACAACUGCAAAAUGUACAACAACGAAGGAACCACAUAUUACAAAUGUGCUGUCCGGCUGGAAAAAUGGUUCCGCGACAAGAUCAAGCAAAUCGAACGCGAAAUGACUGGAUAGUGCGUCCGGAAGGUAUAUGUGAAUAUAUACGCGAUGUACUCGUGCUCCAGAUCUGCGAGCGGCCUGUGCUGCGAUUCGUUGGUCUGAUCGCUGUGCACGAGAAGCGGAAUGCCCAUGAAAGAUGUCGGAACACGAACGAGGAGCAGUUCGGAUGCAUAUUCAGUCAAAAGC